AUGGGAUUAGAAUUACCUCUCAUAUAUAUAUUGACCAAUAGAAAGGAUUAUAAAACUUAUAAAAGAACUAUUAUAGGUGACAACUUAAUAUCAACUCCAAAAAAAAUUAUGACGGAUUUUGAAAUGGCCAGUGUAAAAGCUUUCAAUGAAGUGUUUCCCAAUUCGCAACACAAAUGUUGCUAUUUCCAUUUUGGCCAAUCCUUUUGGCGAAACAUUCAAAAAUAUCCAGAAAUAUCGCAUAAAUAUAAAACAGAUGUAGAAUUUAAUAUACAACUUAGAAUGAUGGUUUGUUUGGCGUUUGUGCCACCCUUAAAUGUAGUUGAAACAUUUGAAUUACUAAUAAACUCCGAAUUUUAUUCUAAUAAUCAAUUGUUACUUCAGCCUCUAAUUGAAACUUUUGAAAAAGCUUAUAUUGGUAAAACGUUUGGAAGAGGCAGACUACCUGCUUUGUUUAAUAUUGAACUCUGGAAUUGUUACCAAUCAACACUGAACGGGGAAGCGAAAACCAACAACGCGGUUGAUAGAUUAAAAUGCUAUUUACGAGAACAAGCGUAUUUGCGAAGUUAA